AUGCGUUCUUCACCUACCCUGAAAUCCCUUCUAACCCCAAUAAACCCUUCCCUAAUUCCACAUCCCCUUUCGUGUUUCUUUUCAAACUCACCUGUUUUACACAGAAGACAUCGCAAAGAUUGUGACUUUAACAAUGGUGAUGAUGGAUUAAACACGGAUCCCGAUGGCCCGCCGAGAAUCUUCGUUGUCCAGCCGAGGCUUAGGCCCGACUCCUCUUUGAAAACUAAGCUUCAUGAAGCAUUAAAUUUGGCGAAUUCUCUCGAUGAACAACGAGAUGGGUAUUACGACACCGAGUUCUUGGCCAAAGAAAUGCCUCCUCAUCUUGUUGUUCAGAAUCCCAUUGCCAGGGCACCUCGUGCAGAUACACUUUUUGGAGCUGGGACGGUGAACAAUGUCAAAUGCCAUUUAAAUGCUUUAGAAUCCAAGGAUGGAGUGGAUGCUAUAUUUGUAAAUGCUAUUCUCACUGGUAUUCAGCAGCGAAAUUUGGAGAGGGCCUGGGGCAAACCUGUUUUGGACCGCGUUGGUCUCAUAAUAGAGAUAUUUAAUGCUCAUGCUCAGACAAAGGAAGCAAAACUACAGGCUGAGUUAGCAGCUCUAAUGUACAAGAGGAGCAGGCUUGUUCGUGUGCGUGGAUCUGAUGGGCGUUAUACCUUUGGUGGGAUUGGGGAAGCAGAAGUUGUUAGUGCCAGAGGGAGAGGAAGUGGAGGACGUGGUUUUAUCAGUGGUGCCGGAGAAACUGAACUUCAGCUUCAACGACGAAGAAUCUUGGAACGACGAAAACAGUUGUUGUCUGAAAUUAAAGAAGUUAGAAGGACAAGAGCUUUGCAACGGGCUGCUCGCAAGAGACAAAAAGACUCACAAGGAAAAGAAAUUGCUACUGUUGCAGUAGUUGGUUAUACAAAUGCUGGGAAGUCUACAUUAGUUAGCGCACUCUCAAACAGAUAUCUUUACUGUGACGAUCGAUUAUUUGCAACAGUUGAUCCGAAGUUGAGCAGUGUUAUUCUUCCAUCAGGGAGGAAAGUGCUUCUCAGUGAUACUGUUGGAUUUAUAUCAGAUUUGCCUGUUCAGCUAAUAGAAGCAUUUCAUGCAACGUUGGAAGAGGUGGUUGAAGCUGACCUUCUUGUGCACGUGCUGGACUCCAGUGCACCAAAUCUUGAUGAACAUCGGGAAACUGUGUUGCAAGUUCUUGGGAAGAUAGGAGUGUCUGAGGAUAAGCUUCAGAAUAUGAUUGAAGUUUGGAAUAAGGUUGAUCUUCAAGAAGAUGAAUUUGAUGAAAGUAAAACUAAUGGUGAAGAUUAUGUCAGUGGUUCCUCAGGAGGAGAAGACAAUGACAUUGCAUUUGACCAGUUGUCUGGGAAGGAUGUUGAUGUACACGAUGAAGAUGAAAAGGCUGAGCUGUCGGGAGAUUUUGAAGAGGUCAUUCAUGAUAAGCAAGGUGAUCAUUCCGAUGGUUGGAUCUCCAAUGACGAAGAAGAAAACUUAUGGGUUGGCUACGAAAGUUGCUCUGUGGGAUGCAAGACUACAGAUGGUCAACUAAAAGAGGUCUCUUCGGACUGGAGGACUGCUGCUAAAGGUUAUCAAUCUCAACAAGAAUCCAUUCAUUGUGUCAAAACAUCUGCGGUAACUGGAGUAGGCUUGCAAGAAUUGCUCGAGGUGAUCGAUGAGAAGUUAUGGCCUCAGCAAGUAGUAGAAAGGGACGUCUUUAAUCGGAAAUGGAGACCGUCCCACACUGAAGAUAAUAGAAUAGCAGUCGAGCAAUAA